AUGCGCGCUCGGGGUUUUUGGAAUGGAAGCCAUUAUUGGUGUCAAGUGGUGCGUACAGUAGGAAGUCUCACUGGUGUAUGGCGACACAAUGAUCUAGAAAACGCGGGAAUAGCCACUUUGCUCACCACGGAUUUGAAGGCAAUUGGUGGACCUUUACCUUUUACAUCUUGGGUGAUGUAUUCCCGAGCUCCUACGCCAAAAGAGUCAUCAAUAAUCAAGACUGCAACCACCAAAAUCAACCAGUCUCUGAGGCAGAAAGAGGUACUGGUUCGACCUUUUUCACAAACGGUUGAUGAGGAAUUUGAAGAACUUGCAGAAGACGAACAAGCACGUAUCGAAUCUGAGAAAGAUAAGACAGAAGGUGAAGAUGAAGAUGUGGCGAAGGGUGAAAAGUUAACAAACAAAAACAAACAAAAAGGAAAGCGUCGGACAAUUUGUGAUGGUGAAAAUGUUCCGUUGGCGGAGAGGAAAAAGUUAUCAAACAGCAACAAACCAAAUCCAGAUUGUGAACAUGCAGAUGAAGAUGUCCAGUUGGCAAAGAGUAUUAUUUCAAAAAAGGCAAUCAAGCGUAACCGUGGUAGGCCAAGGAGGAUACACGAAAAAGAGGAGGAAGAUAAACUGAAACAACAACUUGAAGACAGUGUGCACAAGGUUGGAGUUCAUUUGAACAAAGAAGACAUACUACGUAAAGGUGCUAAAAGAGCCAAAGGUUGGAAGGGAUGGGCGAUUGUGGAGGAAGAGGAGGAAGAGGUGGAGGUGGCGAUGGUCGAGGAGGAGGCCGACAUUGAUGAGCCUCAUGGCGCACGUAAAUCGAAGCGUAACAAGCGUAAGAUGGCGUAA